UAAGAGGCUAAGGUGUAUUUCCGUAGCGCUGCAUGUGUGUGCAAUGCUUGCACGUGGAAGCCGACCAGUUCAGAAAACUGUUUCAUUUGCUUUGUUUCGGUGACACUUAUGCGAUUAGACGAUCAGAAAAGUUCCGGCUGCGAGGAGAAGCUCGCAAACACAUGGGGACUUAAGCUAGUAAAGAAACGAUUCUGUGGCAUUUUGACAGUGCACAUGCUAGAAACAUGAGAGGCAUACGGUGAGGGAGAAAGGGGGAGGAAGGUGAAAGGAAAGGUAUGUGCAGAACAAUAAUGCCCCGUCACAAUGGAUGCGCCUCUGCCACUCUCCAUUUCCUUUCUCUCCACUGUCAUGCCUCUUCCUUUCCCUUCAUGGUCCUCACUCGCGCUCCCCAUGUCAUCUUUAUAAUCGUUCCCCUAAUGGACUCAAACACCAAAUCAACUCGGCCCAGAACUACAGUCCGGAGAUGGCAAAGGCGGCAUGAGUCUCUUACUCCAUGAGCAGGCUCUUUGCUGCUCCGGAAGGUUAAUUCUCAAGAGUAGGCGAUCAUGACCUUUGGAAGUCCUUACACAAUAGUUGGAGCAGCGUAGUCGUCAUGUCAUGUCACACAUUAAAACCCUAAGGAAUGAUAAGUUUGGUAGCAUGCGGUAUGAAGAAAGUUAUCCGGAAAGAGAAGGGCUUCGGUGGCAACUGAAUUUGUGAUGAGUCAUCGGAAACCCCAUUCUCUUGUCCCAGUUGCUGUACGAGGUUCUCGUAUUCGAAGUCCAAGUGGCAGUCAGCUGAAUGUGCCAACACCCAAAGGACGUCUUUGCGGGGAGCGCCGUUGGGAACCAAGCAUUAGUCUGCCACUCCUUGACAUGUGUGUAAAUUUGUGAAUUGUGAGUUCUCGUUCAAUUGUUGAACCUAGAGGUAUUGUGUGAGGUUUUAGGUUGAAACGAAAGAGGAAGGUCUUGGAAGUUGACAGCUAUUUUGAGUUCGUGCUGGAGUUUGCAGGGUGCACAAGGUAGACAUUCGUCUGGUGAAUCUAGAUAUUGUGUUUAUACUGCAAUUUUUUUCACAAUCGCCAAGAUUGGUCGCCAAGAUUCUGGAUUUAUUUUCGAGUUGCGUCAGCCAACGCGUCAGAAGUUCGAGGUCGUUGGCUGGUACUUGAGCAGAGAGUGGAGCCGUACUUUAACCUAAAGGGUAGAAGACGACUUAGCAAAAUGCUCGCGGGACGGCGCGCUGUGAUUUCAACUGCAUUAUGUCCUCCUUCCAAGCACAAUGCCGCAACAGGACUGCGUACUAUUUUCGCAUCGAUAUUGCGAGUAGCCGGGAUUCAUGGGAAUUCAGCAGAGGGUUCAACCUCAGGGGACACCCCAUUAGCUUCCAAGGGUCCGUAUGCGUCGAAGCUGAAGACCAGAACAGUGAUUAGGUUUGAUGGGCCGGAUGUGCUCAAUUUCCUGCAGGGUUUAAUCACGAAUGACGUGAAGAAGUUCGAGGACAGCCCUUCUGGUGGGACAUCCCCGCCUUCAGUUAAUGCCUCCAUUCUUUACCAUCCGCCAAUGUACACUGCAAUGCUAAAUUCUCAGGGGAGGUUUCUUUAUGAUUUAUUCUUGUACAAACCGAAUGUGGAGGAGGAGAAGCUCGAUCGUACUGGAUCUGGUCCUGGAGAGAGCCGGAACGCGCCUGUUUUGUUGGCUGAUGUCGACUCUGCCGUUGCUGUCGAGCUCGUUACCUACUUGAAGAAGCACAUUUUACGGAAGAAAGUGCAAGUUCACGACAUCUCAGAAGAUCUUUCAGUUUGGCAAUACUAUGGAGGAAAAUUAGCAGAGCAUCCAAGUAACACAACUGAGUCAGAGGGUGGAGCGAUUGGGUAUGGAGGCACCAAGGAUGAGAGUGCCUCAAGUUCAGUUUUAGUUAAUGAUAAUCAAUGGCGCUGGUACAAGGACCCACGACUGAGCACCCUUGGACUGCGGGGCCUCUUCUCGAAACAUACUCCACCACCUUUGGUCGAAGCCAACACUGAGGUGGAAGAAGACUACUACCUCUUGUGGAGAUUAGAGCAAGGGGUUGCGGAAGGCUCCACUGAGAUUCCCAAAGGGGAGGCUAUACCACUGGAGUACAAUCUGGCGGGACUGAAUGCGAUCAGUUUCGACAAAGGAUGUUAUGUAGGCCAGGAACUUGUCGCCCGUACCCAUCAUCGAGGUGUCAUUCGCAAGCGACUCAUGCCCCUGAGCUUCACCGAUACGAAUGGAAAAGAGGCACAAGCGGCAGUUGCAGUUGGUGCGGAAGUUCUAGACAAAAGGAUUGGAAAGAAAGUUGGUAAAGUAUCGACGGUGCUUGGUCCAAGAGCGCUGGGCAUGAUACGGCUAGAGUCUGCAAGAGAAGGCAACAACCAGCUGUGUAUCGAGAACCAACAUGAUAUUCUUGUGAAAGCUGUGCGACCCAAGUGGUGGCCCCAAGCAUGGGGUCAUGAGCAUGAGGGUCUGGUGGCAAACAGUGCAUAGCUUUGACAUUUUCAUCUGAAGUUUUACCUUGGAAUGAAGAUUCAUGAAAUCAUCGUGUGAAGCUAGAUGAUGACUUGCCUGCUGACUUUUUCAGUGGUCCGGAAUUGCACAAACGACGAUGGGUGCAUUACAAGCUGUUUUUGGUGCCAUUCUGAACCACAGGUGGUUCGUCAAAAUUGGAAAAAGUGAUGCAGCACCGCUCUCUGGCAUGAUGUGUAGAAGCUCAUAACUCACAGGUUUACUUCGAUAGAAUCUAACCUCCCAAGUUGUAUCUUGCAUGAAAGAAGUUCGAUUGUGACCUUCCAAUUGCAGUCAUUGAAUUUGGAUUGCAACCAUGUAGUGCCGCAUCAAGUAUCCUUCAAUACAAGUUGAUUUAUUUAUAGAGCUUGAAUGUUUCAA